CAACAAUACUUCGACACUCAACACAGAACUACUCGACAGCAAGAAGUACAACUGCACUCAACUGCAAGGAACCCUCGAACCACCGCGUUCACUGCAAGCUACCAUACGACCACGAUGUCGAUCAACAACGGGAGUCAUUUUGUCGCCGACGACAACAACCUGAGUAAUAUCUUUGAUGAUCAACUUCACAUGAGCUACCAAGGAGCCAUGAAUCACGCAUCUCUUGGGAAUCAAUAUGGCAAUCAGACCGGCCUGUCAGGUGCAAUGAACGGAAUUUCUCUCCCAGAAAAUGCAUAUGAAGGGCAAGCUUCCGAGGCUCGCCACGUUUCUUUUGGCCAAGGUGGUGGACUUGGGUUCAAUCCCUACAUGCGCCAACAAAUUGCUGAGGAGCCACUUCAAAGCUAUACGCCAACGCCGGCUCCAAUGGUUGACAACAACCCCCUCCAGCAUUCUUAUCCCACCGCAUAUUCUCAAAACCAAAUCUUUCAACCAAGACAAAACGGUAUGAACCGUGGUCUUCGUUCGCUUCCUUCGCCAUCUGAAAUGGGGAUGCGAUCUCGCACUGGCAGGGGCGUUUUGCCGCCAAGACUCUCUGAACCAAGCAUGGGAUUUGGUUUCAAUAACUUCAGUACUGGCAGUGGAGAUAUGGCCUCUUACAAUCCUCAAGUCCCUACUCCCAUGCACGCAUUUGGCAACGGCUAUUCCGGAACAACCAAUACGGCUCAGGCGCGCGAUAUGAGAAGCGGGUUUCGCAGAAGCCUAUUGAAUAUUAUAGAGCCCCGGUAUGAUAACCAGAAUGGCUUUGCGCAGCAUCUUGAUAUGCAAUCCAACAAUUCCGCGAAUAUGGCUCCGAACAUGGGCCACCCCGGAAGUGUUUUUCAGCCCCAACCUGAAGCUGAAGGUUGGACCAGAGAUCAGAUCAACAAACAAGGAGAUGCUCUUUCUUCUGAGAAUGCACAAAGGCAGUCUCCGGUACUGGCGGAUCAUGAAGCUGAUGCGCCGGAUGGUAGCGAUACGAGCGAGGACUCCGAUGGCACAGUCUGCUCACCGUCUGAUCAAGACUUGCCGUCCGGUCAAGAGUUAUCGACUGUUCAAGGCUCAGCGGCUAGUCAAGAGUCAUCAAUUGUUCAAGACUCAACGACUGUUGAAGGUUCAACGACCGCUCAAAGCACGGAAGAUGUGGCUGGUGAUGACCGCACAUCACAUUCAGGGAUGCGAGGAUCUCAUGGCGAACCGAUGUCCAGCAGGCAAUUCAAGGGACAUUUCGAUCGCGCGGCGCACCGAGCUGGAAGUUAUCAGCAGAAAGUGGGGAAACCCCUGGGAAGGAGAUCAAAGGGGGCAAACGAUCCCGAAAAUAUCGCGAUUGUCAAUUGGUAUGAUAACUACAACAUGUCAUUCGUCGACAUUGCACAGCGGUUAAACAGCAGGCAAGAGGCGACUGGUAAGCCAGGAACCUUCACACCGAACUCCAUUCACAAUAGAUACAACCGCUGUGCGCCGAUUAUCUAUCGGGCUAAUGGAAGAGUGUUUAUUGCAAUCAAAGACCGGAGGAAGCACGCGCCGGAGGAGCUGGACGCCAUGAGUUAUGGCCUGCAGUCCAUUGAGUGGACGCCGAACAAGGACCGCUUUCUCAGGAAUAUGGUCCAGGAGUACGAUGCUAACAAGUGGCUAAGGGUCGCUGAGGCAUUCACUGCAUUGACGGGGGAGAGGGUGAGCUCAGGCGCCGUUUCUACUAGGUUUAGCUUGAUAUGAUGUGCCCUUGUUGUCGGGUUUGGGUCAUUAGCCACUUUGUAUUGUCGCUCGCUGAUUUCUACGUUUGCUUGCUUUAUUCACUCUUGCUACUCUCUACCUUUGGCGAUGGAGCCUUUUAGACCUAUGGAUAUCGCUGUUGCUUGUCGUUGCCUCUGUCGUUUGGUUAUUUCAUAGAUAGUGCAACAGCUAGGAAUUCUAGAGCUGGUGCCGCCGAGCAG